ACAGGUGAAAGCAAUUCAUAACAGAAAGAAAUACUAGAAUAUUUUUUUAGCGAAAAUCGUCUGCUGCAGAGACAGACGACCCUUCCAAAUCGAUCAGCACCUGAGAUAAUUACUGCAUGCAAGCAUUUUUACAUGCGCCUGUUGUCUACGGAUCAUCCAUUGAUCAUUGCAAGAUAUAUAUGAUGAUAUAGAAUGACAAUUUUAAUUAUGUCGACAUGAACUUUAACAUGAUUUAGUUUUUUGGAAUGAUUAAACAUUCACUAAUUCACAAAAGCAACGUCCGAUAAAAACGGAUAAAAGACAAGUAUAUUGGAAAACUACUAAAGAGUUUAUACUGUUAAUCAUCCAGUGGCAACAGCAAUUAAUAUUUGAAAACUGUUCUUCCCAAAUAAUAUCGAUAACAUGCUAUUUAAGUAACGCUUUAAACAAUGUCUGAUAACCGAACAAAACAAAAGGUUCACUUGAAUCAGUGAUACAUAUGAGAUUCUUUAUUUGUAGAUCUUUUUAUAAAAUUGGAUAUGGAUACACAAGUCGAUACUGCCUGGGAAUUCCUUUGGUAAUACAGGUGUUCUGUAUACAUGAUGGAAACAAAGAUAAGCCGGUAUUUUCAAUGUGAUAUUUGAUGGAGAUAGAUCUUCAGUAAAUUUUCUACAUUGAUUGUUUCACUUGCUUUCAAUCAAAUAUCUCCAUUCUGCACUUACAACGCUUACCGAUUUACUAAAGUUUGAUAUAUUAGAAGAUAAAAUGAAAUUACACCUUACACUUAAAAUUGUUGUAUUUUCUUGGGAAAAUAAUUAGUGAUGAUAUAUUAAUCUAUGAAGUGAUAACUUUAUAUUAGUUCGAACAUUGCACGUUUUUGGAAGGAAGUAUUUUAAGAACACAUAAAUCGAACUUCAGAUAAAUUUGAACAUUUAUUUAUUCGAUACCUCUCGUUAUGCCCGGGGUAGUGUAUGAUGAGCUCGCUAUCGCGUCUUAACGGCGAUUCACCGACAGUCCAGUUAACAUCGUUUUCUCAGGUUAAAACAGCGUUGUCAGAGAAGGUCGACUCAACUACAAAACAGGAAUGUGCCAAGUAUGUAGCUGAGCUUAAUCACUUAACUGCUGUUUACUGUACACAUGUUGUGUGUCUAGGAGGAUCUCAGGACUCCGAUGAUUUGAGGGAAGAGUUAAAAAGAAUGCGAAUACAGGCAAUCGAGCUUGCUCGUACCAAUCGUUUGAAACUUGUACCAACACUCAGAAAUAAACUCUUAUGUCCAGAGGAUGUGAAAGACUUGGAAAAGAUAUAUAAUAUGUUCUCAGCUUGUCUGGAAUAUUUUGAAAUUCAGCUUGUGAAAACUUUAUUUGUUCAACGAGAAUUUCCUCUGCACUCAGAUGUCAAAAUACUUAUUAACACUGGAUGGGCCGAACCUUUUAGUAUAUGCAAGAAGCACAUCGUAACCUUGGAAAGUUUAGAUAAUACUCAAAGUGAAAAGAAACUAGCCGAAACGGAGGAAAUCAAAAUAUUAGAAAAAGAUAUAAGUGAUUUACAAGAACUUCUAUACAACAUAAAUAAUCUUAUUGCCGUCCAACCUUGGGAAGUAGAUCCGGAUGUCGGAACUGGUGCGACAGAAUGCAGCAACUCUGACAACUCAUCAGACAGCUCUUCUAUGUCAUCAUUGAAUGUUCAACGAGGUACAAGACAAGGGUAUAAAAGGAAAAGAUGUGUAAUCAUAAUAACAGUGUCUUGUAUUCUUUUGAUAUCUGUUGUUAUAACAACGAUAGUAUUAUUACAAGAAUCCCCCUUCAGCUGAUGUUAAAUGCAUAUAUAUCGUGUUUUACAUUCAGCGAACAGUUGUUAAUGACAUACGGAACCACUAUUAACAAGAAAAGACGAAUUUAAUUAAAAUUAUAGACUUUAGAGUUUAAUAUUUCUUCAGAAAUUCAUUAUAAUCAAUUCAGUUUGUCAGACAUAUCGUCAAUAUUAAUAUUUUAGGAUAAUGUAUAGUGUAAUUGCAAAUUAUUCUUGUAAUUAAUAGUUCGAUCAUCUUGUUCAAUCUCUAUCUCAUUUAAGAUAUUGUUUGCAUCAAUGUCUUAAAAAGUAUUUUAAAUUAUUACAUAUUUGUUACAAAAACAUUGGGUUUUGCAUAUGUUAUAACCGCACAAUUGUCCUACUCAUAUUGCUGCCCGGGGCAAAAAAGUGGUUAUUGGUUAUUGUGCCCUGGUUCCAAAUGACGUGACGUCAUUGCGUCCUUAACGACAAUAGCGAACAGUGACGGUGUUAGUUUUGAAAAUUAUGAGAAUUAUGCUACAAUGGCCACUAGUUACAAUGUCCAACCAACUAUUAUCGAUUUAGUCCAAGUUAUGCCAAAUUCUCUCUUUUGUUUAUUACCACAUUAAAAAAUAAGGGGAAUGUUACAAUAAAUGUGUAUGCAGUAAAUAUUAAAAAUUAAUGGAAAAUGUGAUAAAAUCUUUUUAGAUUUUACCUGUUGUGGUUAAUUAAGUAGUUAUAAUUGGACGUUUUUUUCUCUUUUAUGUAGAACUUAAAUAUGCGAUAAAUAGAUUAUAACAUGUCUUUUUCAUAUUGGCCCUGAUAUCAUC